UGAGAAAUGGUUGAGUACGAUACCGGUUAUAAGUGACAGGCGGCAGAUUGUAAACAGUCAACAUGGCGGCGGGCUUGGUGGAUUACGGCUCGUCUUCGGAGGAGGAAAACGAAGAGGAGCUGGCCAAGGAGAUAAGCACAAGAAUUGCAGACCAGAAGGCAGUCAACUACUUUGAGUCGCCGGGGGAGAAGGGACAAGCCAAGAAGACCAAGAAGAAUGAGACCAAAAAGCAGGAAGUUCUGGUCAACCCGCUGCGCAAGAGUGGCCUUCCGUCGCCCUUUGAGAACGACUCCUCUGCCUCGGUGUUCUUCAACCCGUUCCACAAGGCGCAGGAGGACAAGAAGACAGUUCUCGAGAAACAUGUGAAGAUGACUGAAAACCCCAAAGAUGUGCUGGAGAUCAACGGGAAAAAGAUCUGUUGGAAUUACCGAAAGGGACGGUGCAAGUUUGGACACAACUGUAAAUAUGCGCAUGAUUCCGACAUCAGUAAGCCGUCUGAGCCCAAAGAGGCUCAGAGUAACCUUAACUCGACCACAACGGCAACAGCCCUGUACGGCGACACGGCAGCCAGUCAGGUCUCCGUCACCGAGUCUGUUAUCGAUGAGCUGUCAGCCAAGAAGAAGAAGCGUCCCGGCCUGUCUGAAGGGAUAGUUCCUAGCAAAAAGGUACAAAAGAUUUAUCGCAAGCAGCAGGCCAAGGAGACCCCCUGGCUGCUCAAAUGAUUAGUGCGUCCUGUUUCUCAAUGACUUGUGACAAUUCCUGAGUGAGGUUUGUUGGCAGGUGUAGCAAGUUGUGUUAGCAGAUUUUAUUUUUGUAACAAUAUGCAGUGUCACGAUUUACAAAAGUGCUUUUUAAGAAGAGAAAUCUGCACUGAAACAAAAACUUUUAAGCUUUUAACAUGGACUUGCUAUCAGUGGACGAGUUUUUGUUGACCGAAAGUUUGUAUUUAUAUUUUACCAACGUUUGCAUCAGUAUUUCCCGCAAUGCUGGGUAACCUAAACACACUCAUUUGGCUGAGGCUAAGUAUAAAACAUCCAGAACACCACGAACCUUGAACCUUGCAUUACAAAAGAGACAAGUGUUGCUUUGUGACGGUGAAGCCAAAGAUAAUGAUAGCUGCCUUUGUGCUGUUACUUAGUCACUCUCUCAUGAUGUACUGUUGAUUCUUAAGUGCACGGUGAGCCACACGCACAGUUUAAGUUGGAAAUGAACUCACCUUUACACUCACUUCUGCACUCAUCUCAAGCCCUCUGGUGUGCUAAGGAUCUGUUGGUUGUGUAGGAUUAUCACAAGACUGGAGGACUUAAGAUUGGGAGGCUAGAGUGAAUGGAGAUGAUUACUCAAAUCCUGACUGUAUCUGGCCACUCUUUAAGCAUCCUGACUUGGAGUAUUAGAGCCUCAAAUUAUCUUGGCAUCUGGCUGUUCUUUGCAUCUCUGUCAGGGGUUCAGUCUCCAGCCUGGCUCUCAUUGCUGAAGAUAUAAUCCACCUUCAAAUCAGCUGCAUCUUGUUUGGUCUUGACAAAGGGAUGCUUGUGUGGGAGGAGAGUUACUGAUACACUCGGCAAACCACACCAUCUCUUAACCUCACUUCAUAUACAAAAAAAGCAUGCAUUACAAAACUAAGUCUUUUAUCUUCACAAUCAUAACCUUGUAUUUAUCUACAUAGAUGUAAGACUUGCAUGAAUGUACAACUGAGACAUCUCUGGAACUAAACUGGCCUCUACUGUACUACUGCUGAGGGGAGAGGCAGACUGGUGGGCAUUAUCUGUGGAGCUAAACUGGCCUCUGCUAUAUUACCUUUUUUGGGUAGUGGCAGAGUGGUGGGCAUUAUCUCUGGACUAAAUUGGCUGCUAUCGUAUUACUGUUUAGGAAGUGGCAGAUUACUGGCCACUUUUCCUCCUUAUUUCCUUGUCAAACUUCCUUCACUUAAAGAAGAAAAUUGAGUAGCUGAAAAUAGGAAAAAGAUUAAUGGAUAGUCAAAUAGAAGGGAAGAGAAAAGUAACCGUAGAUGUCUGUUCCAUUCAUCUGUGUGGGAUUGGUGUUUUCACAGGCUUCCUCCUCAGCUGGGUCAGUAUUGGCAUUAACACUUCAUUGAUAUUUGGGCCAGUAUAUGUGCAAUGGAAAGGUGGAGUAGUGCUCGGAAAAUACAUCCCUUUAUUCCUCGUUGUAAGGAGUCAUGUAGUGUUGCCUUCUAUCACACUUCCAAGAUUCAGCCACUUGACAAUAAGAUAAUAAGCACUUUUUCCUCAUAUUUACUAAAUGAAGGUUGGAUUAGUGCUUGGAAAGUAAUGAAUCUCCUCCUCCCACACUGAAAAGAGCCAUAUAACAUUGCCUCCUAUCUCCUCUUAAGUCUUCACCACUUGGUGAUAAGAUAGUAAGCACAUUUCUGUGGUACUAACUACAGUGAAUGUUGGAUUAGUGCUCGGAAAGUAAUGCAUCUCCCCCUGCUCCAUUGUAAAGAAUCAUAAGCAUUGCCUCCUUUCUCCUCUCAGUCUCAGCCACUGGAUAAUAGGCACAUUUCUCCACUACUACAGUGAAAGAUGGAUUAGUGCUUGGAAAAUUAUGCAUCUCUUUCUCCAACACUAAAUAGCAUUGUUUCUGUCACAUCUGUAAGUCUUAACCACUGGAUAAUAAGCACACUUCUCCCUGGUACUUAAUACGCUGACAGUACCACCACAGUACGUACACACAUGUAUAUAUUUUUACUAUAAUAUAAAUACUUUUGUAAACUUUGAAGUCCUAGCCUGUGAUAAACAUUUGUAAUGUAGCCAUGUGUUGAUAUCAAAGUGCAUGUCAUGAGUGUCGGGAGCAGGGCUGCCUUAUCUUACUCACAACGGUACUGUGUUGUUCUCGCGUCCGUGUUCUCAAGUGUUUCGGCAUGUCUCGGUUAUUUUCAUCAGGCUGUAGCAGAAGCUGUUGGGAAGGGUAUCUAAGUGUAUUUAAGGGUGUUUCCAUGAUUCUGGUGAUAGUUUUAGCAACGAUUCUACACCUGUUAGGGAAAGAGCACCCAUGAGAACCUGACUGAUCAUCUCUGUGGCCUUGGAAGAGAGAACAAAGCAUUUAGGUUUGAGCAUUUAGGUCACUGGGAUGUGUCAGAAAUGAGAAUGCACACCCUUAACAUGGUUGUGCUGAGCUGUGUCCACUCCUGGCCCUUGUCUGAAGACAAAGAGUAGCUGGGAAUGUAGCAAUGGAUCAGUCAAGGCCAACACACUGACUGUACUAUAAACUGUCUGUACUUUUAGGUGAAGCCAAGAUAAUAAGCUGGUUGGUGUCUGUGUUGCCUUGACUGUCUUGCUGCUUCUAAAAGCUACGCCACCUAAUUGAACUGGAUGUUAUGCAGUGUGAUAACUCUCAAAGAUUCAUGUUAAGUUGAGUGUUAGUUUAUGUAGAGUAUUAUAGACCCUCAGUGUACACUUCCUAGGAGUGUUAGAUGAUUCAUGAACAACACAGUGAUGGGUUCAAGAAAUUGAUACAAACCUGCAUUAGGAGACUCGUUUCAAAAGCAAAUCAAAGAACUUGGAGAGCUCACGAUGCAAAAAAAUAAAAUAAAAUAAAACAAAAAAAAGUGUUGGCUCUUUUAAAAAUUUACUUUAUAAUACUGACAUGCAUUUUCUAUUUGUGAAUAUUAGUGAAACCACACUUGUUAUGUUAGAUUUCCAGCAUCGACUCAAAUAUUUAUACAAUUCUCCCUCUCAGAUAUGCAGCUCUUGUUCGCAAGUGUGGCGUUACCCUCUAAGUAUCCAUGUAUAUAAAUUACACCUAAGAAAUUAAGGUUUUUGCAAUAUUUUGUAAAUUAUAAAACUCAUCUGACAGUGUAUAAUAAUGAUUGUACUGAUGAA